AUGAGGUUGUCACAACAAUGGUCCUGUCACCGUGUUAACGCCGUUGGGCGACAUCUACUUGUGCUGCGGACCGGACCACGGUCUGCGUCUCGACGGUGGUGCGCUCUCUCGCGUCUCUCCUCGACAAGUGAUUCCACGCGUGGCCCUGUCGCGUCUCCCUACCAGCCUCUGGACACCCUGCAAGAUGCCAGCAUAGACGAAUUUCGCGAGAAGUGCUUCCGACCGGAGCGUCCUGCCAUCCUUCCUCGCGGUUGUUUCCGUGUUCUGCCGGCCUGCGACCGCUGGUUUACGGAGCCAUCUACGAGAUCCUCUCCUCCUGCACUGAACUACGACUACCUGGAACAGUAUGCAGAUACCUUCGUGCCUCUAGAACUUACGCAGACAUCUCCGCUGUCGCAAAAGCCAGACAAUCCCGAUAGCGAGUCUGACGCGACCGAUACAAGCUUCCAGCAACUCCACGCACCGCUGAGUCUCUUCCUCGACUGGACGCGCUCAGCUCGUACACAGUCGGCCCGUCUUUACCUCGCACAAUGCCAGGUCAGCGAUCUGCCUUCAGCUCUCCGUGAUGACCUUCCCACGCCGGACCUGGUGUCUCAGACAGGCAGAGGGGAUAUCUACGAUACCAACAUUUGGAUGGGAAUCCCGCCUACGUACACCCCCCUCCACCGCGAUCCGAAUCCAAACCUCUUCGUGCAGCUGGCAGGAAGAAAGCAGGUCAGACUGUUGCCACCGGAUGUGGGUAUGCGUGUCUUUUCACGGGUGAGAAUGGAGCUAGGACAGAGCGCAGGUCGUGCUGCGGCCGCGUUCCGAGGCGAGGAGAUGAUGCAAGGACGCGAGAGGCCGCUACUGGAAGAAGCGGUCUGGGGUGAUCGAUUAGAGAGUCCAGCACUUCCUCAUGAAGCAGGCUACGAGGCGGUUCUCGAAGCAGGAGAUGGUUUAUUCAUCCCCAAGGGGUGGUGGCACAGCAUCAAGGGUGUGGGUGAGGGUAUUACAGCAUCGCGAAUGACGAGGAACACUUCUGUUGCGUCGUUCUUCUUUUUCUUCCUGUGCAUCUACAUCUCCUCUGCUGUCAUUGCCAGUACCACCACUGUCCAUCGAUCCGCCGGAGAAGGUCGUCUCCUAGCGGCAUCCAACACCUGUCCCGCUCGACUGUUCUCCUUCGAAGACUCCUGUCCAUCGGAGGAAUCGCAGGAAGAGUGGAUGUCCAACAGCGUCUACCGUGCAGCGGCACGUCUGCUCCGAUCAUCGUCGUCCGCCGUCCACGCCAUUCCUGCGUCGAGUGAACCAUUCUCGCUGAACCGUCAGCAACAACAAACGCGCACCAUGUCUUCUGACUCCUCGUCCGCGGCCAACCCUCAAAACUCGGCUGAGCAACAGCCGCAACAGCAGCAGCAACAGCAGCAGCAGCAGGAGCAACAACGCCCCUCGCUAAGUCUACCGGCCCCGGACACCGACGAUGCCACGAAGCUCGAUGUCAGCGGCGAAGGAAGCAGCGUGAAGCUGGACCACCUCGGCCCGCUCGUCAUUAAUCAGGAUGGCACCAUGAGCCGCAUCUCGAACUGGGACAAGAUGACGGAGAUCGAGAAGAGGAACACCCUGCGCGUGUUGGGGAAGCGCAACAGGGAACGUAUGGAGGCGCUCAAAGCAGCAGGGAUCCAACCUGGUGAGAAGCCGGAGGGGGGCGAGAGUGCAUCAGCAUGA